AUGCAGUCUAGUGAAGCUGAAGAUCAACUAGCUGAAGCUGAAGAUCAACUAGCUGAUCUAAAACGAAUGCAAGAAGAAUACAUUGGAAUUCCAUGGACCUACCAAAAUUUGGAACGUUUACCAAACCCAUUGACAGAUUUGACCAAAGGAUUUACAUUCCUUAGCCCAUCUCCUUCAAUGAAGAAACGUCAUAUCAAUUUGUGCAAUGAAGCUAGCCUAUUCCUCCAACACAUUAUAGAGCUACAAAUCCCACCGGUUGAAGGAGUCCCCUCACCUUUAGUUGGUAUCGGGAAUAUCAAUAACCUAAUCGAGUUAAUUAUAAGAUAG